AUGCAGUUCCGCUUGUCAUAUUCACCCAUCAACAUGAACUUGACAUCGCCUCUGUGUAGUCUUCCAACCGAAAUACUUCUCAUGGUCAUGGAAUGCUUGGAGUGUCCUUUCAGUAUAAGGGCGUUCGCCUUCUCUUACCCCAGAGCCUUGCAUCUACUCCAGAAAUACCGUCAACGUGUUUCGGAAGCAGCCGUACGGGCCUUUGACCGAAGACUUCCAAUCGAAAAGAUAUUCGGAUAUGACGUUCGCGUUUGUCGCUUACGCCUAGCUCUGCGAAACUUGGCGUUCUUAGAUCCCGCAAAAGCGAAACAUAAAGUAUGCAAAGCAGACUUCUAUGGGGAUUGGUGCAAUUUGAAGCUACUCUGCGAAAUGACCAGCCUUAACAAUGAAAUCGACCGAUUCAUCUCAAGGUACUCAGUACACGCUUGGAACAAGAUCCAAGACGACUGUGCUAGGGAAUUUAUAUAUCGACGGGCCGGCGUGUCGAGGUUCGAGCCUUACCAAACGGUGGACCUUACUGACGGCGAAUUAAGGCGGUUACGGGAAGCAUCCCUUGGCUUCGAAUGCAAGCGACACCAUCUUGUCUACGACAAAAGCCUAUUGCAUGAGACAAAGCUACAUCAAGCUAUGCUCUUGCCAACCUAUAACAAAGAUUCCUUCUCAGAGGGAUACUUUAUUCACAACAGCUUCAACGGCGCCUGCCUGUCCAUCUUCUGCUUCAUAUUCCAAUGCUACGAAAACCUCAUACGGCGUGUUGAUCGACAACUCGAGCUUGAGGAAUUACGCCAAGAUUCAGAACCUCAAGGCUCUGAACUUGCACACAUAGCCAGGUUCCAUACGAGGACUCGAGAUGAGGAGCUGCGUUACAUUGCUCUGCUCUGUCUGUAG